CACACUCACGCAUGCACGCACGCACACACACACGGAGUGGAUUUCGAUGGAGCGGUUAAGACCGAGAACGCAUCAUCUCAUGGAGGACUGCUUUACGCCGAACUGUCACUGAGGAUGCAUCACCUCUCUGCUGCAGAAACUGCCUCUGAGUCCUCUGAGCAGCUACCAUGGCGUACCCUAACACCAGCUCACUGACAGCCAACUCCAGUGGAUCUCUGGGGGGUCACGACCACGGGGGAAACAUCUACCGGCCUUUCUCUGUUUUCAGCGUGCUCACUCUCACGUUACUGGCCAUGCUGGUGGUGGCCACGUUUGUGUGGAACCUGCUGGUGCUGGUGACCAUCCUGAGGGUGAGGACUUUCCACCGUGUGCCGCACAACCUCGUAGCAUCCAUGGCUAUCUCCGACGUCAUGGUGGCCGCCUUAGUGAUGCCGCUCAGCCUCGUCCAUGAGCUCAACGGCCGGAAGUGGAAACUGGGACGAGUUCUGUGUCAGGUUUGGAUCUCCUUCGAUGUUCUCUGCUGCACGGCCAGCAUCUGGAACGUGACGGCCAUCGCGCUGGACCGCUACUGGUCCAUCACCCGGCACCUGGAGUACACUCUGAAGACGCGUAAAAAGAUCUCCAACGUGAUGAUCGCGCUCACCUGGCUGCUGUCGUCCAUCAUCUCCCUGUCGCCUCUGUUCGGCUGGGGGGAGACCUACACGGAGGGGAUGAAGUGCCAGGUGAGCCAGGAGCCGUCCUACACCAUCUUCUCCACCUUCGGAGCCUUUUACCUGCCGCUCUGCGUGGUGCUGUUUGUUUACUGGAAGAUCUACAAGGCCGCCAAGUUUCGCAUCGGCACCCGCAAGACCAACACCAUAACUCCCAUGGCUGAGGUGAAGGAUGAAGGCCAGCAGCCUCAGAUGGUGUUUACCGUGCGCCACGCCACCGUGACCUUCCAGACGGACGGCGACACGUGGCGCGAGCAGAAGGAGAAAAAGGCGGCGCUGAUGGUGGGCAUUUUGAUCGGCGUCUUUGUACUUUGCUGGAUCCCCUUCUUCAUCACGGAGCUCAUCGUGCCGCUGUGCUCCUGCGACAUCCCGCCCGUCUGGAAGAGCAUCUUCCUGUGGCUGGGGUACUCCAACUCCUUCUUCAACCCGCUCAUAUACACUGCCUUUAAUAAGAACUACAACAACGCCCUGAGGAACCUGUUCUCUCGGCAGCGCUGAGCCUCUCUGCUCAGACUCGAUCACCAGCAUCUCUCAGUGGGAAUCCUCUUCGUCACUCAACCCUCCUUCAGAUGGACGAUUACCCAGAGACUAUCUAUGAAAAACAAUGUCUGUGUGUUGUUUUUAUUUGUUGUGCUGAGGUAACCUCACAGCUGGACUGAGACGGGUGUCUGAGCGACUUUAUCCGCAAAGAAAGGAAUAAAAGUGGAUCUUUAAAACGAGGAUACAAGCACUCUCUGUUCAUCUCUCAAAAAGCCAGUUUUGCCACUUUUCAAAAUUGCCGUCACUUCCAGCUGAGGAAACAAUAUUUUCCCAAUGAGUUUCAACCACUGGAUCAGUUCUUGUGAUUUUGGCUACGGGGAAGUCAAAUGUACUAUUCACUGCUUUCUGUGUCAAAAAAGAAGCUUCUGACGCCGGAAUUUAGUUUCUAUGUGGUCAAAACUGUAUGAUUUGACACCAUGAUCAUUUAUUUAGGGAAAGUGAAAGGGAUUUUAUGGCAACAAAUGUCAUUAUCAAGCCAUCAUUGGUGGCAUUCUUGGAUUUCAUAGUGGAUAACAGGCUUUUUAAAACCUCAAAAGAGUUUCUGUGCCAAUGUUAGGACCCACUUUCCCUACAUUCAAUUAUCAGCAGAACUACAUUGCGUCUCAGGCUUAUUGGAGAAGACAUCAACAGUUUCAUCAUCACAUGUGAAGCUGCUGAGAAUCAUUUCAAAGUAAAGCUGGGAGAAAUAUUUGUACAAAAAGAUCCUCAUAAAUAAAAAGAACAAGAACAGACUGUGGAGUCUUUUCCAAACCAAAAGUGUAGAUGACAUUUAAAAAUGUUUGAGUACAGCAAAGAGGGAUUUUAUCUGACCUGAAACGCUCCAUAGGUACACAAGGAAUUUAUUCACACACACACUUCUAGAUAAAGGUAUCUCCUCUGAUGCUGUGUACACACACACACACACACACACACACACACACACACACACACACACACACACACACGCCUUUUGUAAAGCAGGAAAAUAGCAAGUUAUUAUUGCCAUCAUCUUUGAAUAGAUGUGAGAAACUGCAGAAAUAAUCCCAUACCACGCAGCCAGCAAUUAAAUACAAAUGUAGAAAAUUGCUUUCUUUUUUAGAGAGAGGUGAUGCAUGUUUUAAAGUAUGAUAUAUAUUAUAGUAGAGGCGUAAGAGAAGCUAAUGUUAAAGGAAACAAUUAUCCGUUAUGGGCUCAGCACAGAAAUCUCGUGGUGUUUGUCGAAUGUUGUUUUUAUAUCACUCCACAAUUGCCAAAAGAAACUCAACACUGUAGAAUCAAAUCCUUAUUUUGGUGUGUAAUAGAGUGGAGGAAUCAAGCAUGGCAUAUUGAUCCUCAGCCAAUAGUUGUGCUGUAUUUAAGUGAGAUGAAGGUAUCACCAAUCUGAUGAUAUGUAUAUUUCCAUAAGUGCAUUUAACGUCACGGUCCAGUGAAAACCAUGUAUCUCCAGAUUUGCUCAUUUUGAAUUAUUGUAGAAUUAAAAGUUAAAGAAGGAUUCAGAAACUUCUCUUAAUUCAACUUUCAGGCUUACUUUAACAUGCUAACAUGCGCUAAAUGACAAUUAGCAUGUUAGUGUGCUAUCAUUUGCUAAUUAGCUCUAAACCGAGGGUGCGUCUAAUGCAGAUAUUUGAUCAUAAACAAUGAAUGAAAGCUUUGACUUGAUGACAAUGCUAACUUAUUAAUGUUUAGUAGGUUUAAUGUUUACCAACUUAACCAUCUGAAUUAGCCAUGUUAGCAUGCUAUAUAUUGCUAAUUAGCUUUAAACAGAGUUCAGCUGAUGCAGGUAUUUGGUCAUAGAAAGCAUAUGAAAACUUUGAUUUGAUGACGGCGCUAGAUGAGAAAUUAGGGGAUUACCAACGUUUGCACAAAAACCUGACUAGGACAUGAAUGUGUAGCUUCUCCUUUCACGAUAUUUCCCAGAAAAAAAACAAAGUUGCAAAGGUAAAGUCAGUGGGAUCACCAAAAACCAUUAAAUCCACUGGACUCCAUGGAUAUUAUUUAAGCAAUAGCUCACGACAGGCCGUGGUAUAUGCUCAUUAUAUCACAGCUAAGGGGCGUGGUUCGGCCCGACUCGAAGCUUUUCAGCCCAACUGUAUACAGUUAAAUCGACCGGACUUCUUUCUGCAGAUGUGAGCGUCCUUAACAACGGUCAAUAACUUAAGUCCUUGCUGCACAUUAAGUCCCUGCUGCACAUUAAGUCCUUGCUGCACAUUAAGUCCUUGCUGCACAUUAAGUCCCUGCUGCACAUUAAGUCCUUGCUGCACAUUAUCCCUUACAUGUUUCCAUCUUAAGCUUUGUUAGUUAGUUUGUUUCGUAACGGACGUAAUAUAACAGUUGUAAUGGUUGUAGCUUUUCUCAGACGCGGAGGGAUACUGACUUGUUGUGAAAAGUAACUACAAUUCUACCCGUGACAUACGCUCAUUUAUCACGGCUAAGAACCAAUCAGAUUGCUUGAUUUGACUUGUCCGUUUUAUAAAGCAGUUUAGACGACAGUAUACUGAUUAACUGAUAUUGCCACACAAAAAAAAGUAUGAGAAAUUGCAAGAGAUACAUCGUUUUCACUUGACUAAAACAAUAUUAAAGACUACAGUAAAAUACCCUUUUGUAAAUGUUUUGUACACUACACAACAUGGCCUCUUUACCUGACCCUUUUACCUUGAUUUGUACUUUUAAAUUAUAUUAUAAUAAAACCAUACAGACCUCAUAUAAUAGCUAAGUAAGAGUAGAUUAUAACUUCAGAGUUCUUUAGAAAUAGACGAUUAAUUUAAAGACUAAUUGCAAUGGUUUGAAUCUAAAACAUGUGGUUGUAAAUAUUGAAAUGCAUGGAGUAGGCAGAAACAGGAACAAUUAUAUAUGUUAAAAUGAGUUCUGGUGAAGCAGAUUAGCUCUUCUUUCAUGUAUAAAUUGCAUGACUAGCUGGUUGACUUCUUCAGGAUUCAUACGACUUCUCACUGCUCUCACAUCGCCCGAGACUGAUUGAUUAUUUCCCCUCUGCCCCUCUUAGGUCUCGUUCUGUGUGAUGACCCAGCUCAGGAAAAGUGUUUCUGAAAUGUGUCGUUUACCAUCCUUUUUGUUGUGACUGUCAUGUUCAAAAGAGGUUUAAAAAAAAAGCUAAGAAAUGUGGAUUAUUACCUCCCUCACAGGACCUUUUUGGAUACUUGUGUUCAUAUCUGAAAAAAACAGACAUAAGUGUAAUGGAGUUUUUUUGAAUGGUCCAUCAUGUGUAAUUGUGUCAGUGUUUUCUUUCUACAGACUCCUUGGAUGGCACAAUUGACAAUAAAUGAGUCCUUAAACACGU